UUUUGACGCUCGAGUUCGUUCAGCGAGCGCGCUGUUUGUUUCGGUGCCCGUAUGGCACUUUUCGCUAGCGGACUGUUUGUUUUGACGCUCGAGUUGCACUUUUCGCUAGCGCGCGGUUUGUUUUGACGCUCGAGUUCGUUCAGCGAGCGCGCUGUUUGUUUCGAUGCCCGUAUGGCACUUUUCGCUAGCGGACUGUUUGUUUUGACGCUCGAGUUGCACUUUUCGCUAGCGCGCUGUUUGUUUUGACGCUCGAGUUGCACUUUUCGCUAGCGCGCGGUUUGUUUUGACGCUCGAGUUCGUUCAGCGAGCGCGCUGUUUGUUUCGAUGCCCGUAUGGCACUUUUCGCUAGCGGACUGUUUGUUUUGACGCUCGAGUUGCACUUUUCGCUAGCGCGCGGUUUGUUUUGACGCUCGAGUUCGUUCAGCGAGCGCGCUGUUUGUUUCGAUGCCCGUAUGGCACUUUUCGCGAGCGGACUGUUUGUUUUGACGCUCGAGUUGCACUUUCCGCUAGCGCGCUGUUUGUUUUGACGCUCGAGUUCGUUUAGCGAGCGCUCUGUUUGUUUAGAUGCCCGCGUUGCACUUUUCGCUAGCGGACUGUUUGUUUUGACGCUCGAGUUGCACUUUUCGCUAGCGCGCUGUUUGUUUUGACGCUCGAGUUCGUUCAGCGAGCGCGCUGUUUGUUUCGAUGCCCGCAUGGCAUUUUUCGGAAGCGCGCGGUUUGUUUUGACACCCACGUUGUUGUUUUAACGAGCGCGCUGUUUGUUUUGAUGCUGAUGUGCUCCACGUGUGUACCACAGGUGACAUGCAUCCUAGUUGUUGAUGAAGCGUACACGUUUACAAGGACACGACGAUCUGUUUCGGCAUGCUAGCGGUACACUUCUAUCACAAUUGACAAACAACAUUUGUUUGAGACGUGGUGCGUACUUCACAAGCGUCUGUUUUGGUUCACAUGCUGUCCACUUACAAUCACACUCUUGGUUUGGAGCAUGUGGUGUGCAUCUAUUUCGCCACGUGUGCCGGACGCGUCUGUGGUCAAUGUUUUUGGCGCCGCGCGCAAUCACAAUAUUUGUUUUGGCGGCGCUUGUCGUUGACGCAGGCUGUUUGUUUGGUUUUUUUUGGGGGGCGCGCUCACCCUGAGCGUGGCCCCCAGCGAGCGCAGGCCGGUGGAGUGGCGAGCCAGCUUCAGCACCCGGAAGAGCCGCAACAGGCGGAAAACCUGCCAGACGACAAGAAUGGCAAACGGGAAGAAAAAGGGCAAAGGGCACCGGCGCUCGGUCGGGUCACGCCUCGCUACCUGGAGCGGGCGUCCCUGCGAUCGGUCGCCGAGCGUCCGCUCGCAGACGAGCGUCACGUAGACCGGAAGAACGGACGCCACGUCGAUCACGUUGAGGGGGCGGAGCAAGAACCGCUUCCUGUUUGGAGACAGCAGGAAACGCAGCAACACCUGGCGGAUGUGCACCCGCGCGCGGAUUCGUCCGAGUCGCAGCACGUGGCCGCCAGCCCCGAUCCGGUCUCCAGGAGGGGGGACCUGACCUCCAGCCCCGGCAGAGACCUGCCACCCUUCGAGGAUGAGUCCGAGGGCCUGCCGGGCGACGCGACGCUGCCCGGAGAGGACGACGACGACGACGGGGACGGCGAGGAGCUGAUCGGGGACGGCAUGGAGCGGGACUACCGGCCCAUCCCGGCGCUGGACCGCUACGAGGCCGAGGGUCUGGACCUGGACGAGGAGGACCUGUCCGAGCUGUCCCCGGCGGCGCGGGCGGCCGCCGAGGAGGCCAUGAGGAGGCGCGACCGAGAGCGCGGCCUCAGCGGCCGUCUCAGGAGGGGGCUGCUCUACGACAGCGAAGACGAGGACGACGAGCGCCCGGCGGCGCGGCGGAGGCGCCUGGCCGAGCGGGCGGCGGAGGGCGCGGCGGAAGGCGACGACGAAGAGAUGAUCGAGAGCAUCGAGAACCUGGAAGACAUGAAGGGUCACACGGUGAGGGAGUGGGUGUCCGUGCCCGCCCCCCGUCUGGAGAUCUACAACCGCUUCAAGAACUUCCUGCGCACGCACGUGGACGAGAGCGGACGCAACGUGUUCAAGGAGAAGAUCAGCGACAUGUGCAAAGAGAACAAGGAGAGUUUGGUGGUGAACUACGAACACCUGGCAGCCAGGGAGCACGUGCUGGCGUACUUCCUGCCUGAAGCCCCCAUGGAGAUGUUGAAGGUGCUCGACGAGGCGGCCAAGGAGGUGGUGCUGGCCAUGUACCCCAAGUACGACCGCAUCGCCCACGAGAUCCACGUGCGCAUCUGCAACCUGCCGCUGGUGGAGGAGAUCCGCUCGCUCAGGCAGCUCCAUCUGAACCAGCUGAUCCGGACCAGCGGCGUGGUGAGCAGCUGCACCGGCGUGCUGCCGCAGCUGGGCGUGGUCAAGUACAACUGCAACAAGUGCAACUUUGUACUAGGGCCCUUUUUCCAGUCCCAGAACCAGGAAGUGAAGCCGGGAUCGUGUCCAGAGUGUCAGUCCCAGGGACCGUUUGAGAUCAACAUGGAGGAGACAGUAUACCAGAACUACCAGAGGAUCACCAUCCAGGAAAGUCCCGGCAAGGUGGCCGCCGGACGUCUGCCGCGCUCCAAAGACGCCAUCCUGCUGGCGGACCUGGUGGACAACUGCAAGCCGGGAGACGAGAUCGAGCUGACGGGCAUCUACCACAACAACUACGACGGCUCUCUGAACGUGGCCAACGGCUUCCCGGUGUUCGCCACCGUCAUCCUGGCCAACCACAUCGCUCGGCGAGACGAAGGCGUGGCCGCGGCCGAGCUGACGGACGAAGACGUCAAGGCCGUCGUCGCUCUGUCCAAGGACGAAUGCGUCGGCGAACGCAUCUUCGCCAGCAUGGCGCCGUCCAUCUACGGUCACGAGGACAUCAAACGAGCGCUAGCACUGGCGCUGUUCGGAGGAGAGCCCAAGAACCCGGGAGGGAAACACAAAGUGCGAGGAGACAUCAACGUGCUUCUGUGCGGGGACCCCGGAACGGCCAAGUCGCAGUUCCUCAAGUACACGGAGAAGGUGGCGAGCAGGGCCGUGUUCACCACGGGGCAGGGCGCGUCGGCGGUGGGCUUGACGGCGUACGUGCAGAGGCACCCCGUCAGCCGAGAGUGGACGCUGGAGGCCGGCGCGCUCGUGCUGGCCGACAGAGGCGUCUGCCUCAUCGACGAGUUUGACAAGAUGAACGACGCGGACCGCACGAGCAUCCACGAGGCCAUGGAGCAGCAGAGCAUCUCCAUCUCCAAAGCGGGCAUCGUCACCUCGCUGCAGGCCAGGUGCACCGUCAUCGCCGCCUCCAACCCCAUCGGCGGCAGGUACGACCCCUCGCUGACCUUCGCCGAGAACGUGGACCUGACCGAGCCCAUAGUGUCACGUUUUGAUGUCCUGUGUGUUGUCAGGGACACUGUGGACCCUGUGCAGGACGAGAUGUUGGCGCGCUUUGUGGUGGGCUCUCACGUCAAGCAUCACCCCGGCAACAAGGAAGGGGGCGCGGCCUCGGAGGAGGCGCUCCCGCCCAACUCGUCCGACGCGGCGCCCGUUCCGCAGGACCUGCUCAGGAAGUACAUCAUCUACGCCAAGGACAAGGUUCACCCCAAACUCAACCGGAUGGACCAAGACAAGGUGGCGCGCAUCUACAGCGACCUCAGGAAAGAGUCCGUGGCGACGGGCAGCAUCCCCAUCACGGUGCGCCACAUCGAGUCGAUGAUCCGCAUGGCGGAGGCGCACGCCAAGAUGCACCUGCGCGACUACGUGAUGGAGGACGACGUCAACAUGGCCGUCCGCAUCAUGCUGGAGAGCUUCAUCGACACGCAGAAGUUCAGCGUCAUGAGGAGCAUGCGCAAGACGUUCUCCCGCUACCUGGCGUUCCGCAAGGACAACGACGAGCUGCUGCUGUUCAUCCUCAAGCAGCUGGUGGCCGAGCAGCUUUCCUACCAGAGGAACCGCUACGGCGCCCACCACGACGCCGUCGAGAUACCCGACAAGGAUCUGCUCGACAAGGCCCGGCAGAUCAACAUCCACAACCUGGCGUCUUUCUACGACAGCGAGCUUUUCCGCGCCAACAGGUUCGCUCACGACGGCAAGAAGAAAGUCAUCGUGCAGCAAUUGUGAAGUCAAACAAACCCAAUGUAAAUAAAUGGACGCGCUUUUCCCUUC